AUGGCGUCUACACAGAACGAGCCGAAAUCAUAUGACUACAUAGUAUGCGGAGGAGGGACAGCCGGCUGUGUGGUUGCCGGGCGUCUAGCCGAAGAUCCAAAUAUCACGGUUCUUCUCGUCGAAGCAGGCCAGCACAAUGAGAACCUGGAGAAUGUCCACAUGACUGGCGGGUGGCUGAACAAUCUGGACACGGAGGCCGAUUGGAAUAUCAUAACUCCGCCAAUGCCCGGUGUGAACAACAGACAAGUGAAACUCAGUAGGGGAAAAUUCCUGGGUGGCUGCAGUGGUGUCAACGGUACACUGUGUGUUCGCGGGUGUAAACAGGAUUAUGACGACUGGCAACUCGAAGGCUGGAGUGGGGAGGAAUUCUUUCAGUAUAUGUCGAAGGCGGAAACAUUUCACCCAAAACCUUGGUUCCAAGCAAAUGAAGGCAGUCAUGGAUCCUGUGGGCCUCUGCAUAUAGAGCCUCAUGAUCUCGCCCCGAUUUCACAACGCAUUAUGGACUCGUUUGUUUCUAAGGGCCUGCCCUAUGACGCUGAUAUGUUCACUACUGGUGAAACACCACAUGGAUGUGGGCAUGCGCCGAGGACGGUGUAUCGAGGCCUGAGAUCGACAUCUGCGGACUUUGUGACGAAGGAUUGUCAAAGAAAAAACUUAACUAUCAAGACCGAUACUAUAGUCGAUAGAAUUCUCUUCGAACAAGACGACAAGGGUGCUCUCUGCGCGAAAGGCGUGGUAACGAUUGCUGCUGAUGGGACCCAGCAGAUUUUCCACGCGGAUAGAGAAGUAAUUGUCAGUGGGGGUGCUUACUGCAGUCCUGCAAUUCUUAUGAGAUCAGGAAUAGGGCCAAAGGAGGAGUUGGAGAAGCAUGGUAUUCGCUGCGAAGUUGAUUUACCUGGCGUAGGGAAGAAUCUUAUGGAUCAUCUUAUCGUCUUCAUGUUUUACGAAACAGAAAAAGAAGGCUUAACAAACGACCAUCUUAUCUACCAUGGGGACGCAAAGGAAAAGAGCUACGCCCUGUGGAAGAAUCAUAAGACGGGUUUCUUGUCGACUUUUCCCUUUGGAGCCUUUGCUUUCGCUCGACUCGAGGAUCGUCUCGCAGAUGAGCCGCUCUGGACGCAGGCAAAACACGAGCCAGGCCGAGAUCCUAUGGGCCUGAUGCCAAGUCAACCGAACAUCGAAUUCUUCACGACGGAAUGUUAUGGUGGUCCAAAGCAGUAUUCGAAAUACCCUAUCGACAAUAAACAUGCAUUUUCGAUUAUCGCAGAACUAUUUGGCCCUAGAUCCCGUGGCACGGUGACACUGAACUCGUGCGAUCCAAGAGAAAACCCGGUCGUUCACUGCAAUUAUCUCGAUGACCCAUUAGAUUUGCUUGUUUUGGCCGAGGCAUGUCGAUUUGCGAACGAGAUUGUCAUGACUGGCACCGGGACAAAGGAUAUUGUGAAAGGGUCGUGGCCGCCUGAACUGACACACCAUACGUAUAAGACGAGGGAAGAGUGGGUGCCAUAUGUCAAAGAGCAUGCGACAACGUGCUAUCAUGCAGCAGGAACGUGUGCCAUGGGCAAAUCUGGAAAUCCUAUGGCAGUCCUGGAUGAGAAACUUCGUGUCCGGGGCGUUUCUGGAUUGCGUGUCGCAGAUUGCAGUGUUAUGCCACUCCUUCAUGGGGGCCAUACACAGAUGCCAGCGUACGGGAUCGGAGAGAAAUGUGCAGACCUGGUUAAGGAAGGCAAGUAAGAGUAAUCGCUUUGCACGUAGAACUCCAUGGGGCUUUUGGAACCACCGAAGUGUGGUUGUUGUAUUAUCAUUGAGCAUUGAAUACGGGUGAUACAAUAUUGUAGCAUAUGGUACCUCAGACUCAAAUGUGUCACCUAUCAAGCAAGUCAAAAAUGGUCAUAUUCUUCACCAUGCA